AAUUAGGUGCAUUCUUGCCUAAGAAUUUGGUUGGAACGCAACAGAUUUGUGUCAUUUACAGUAUGCCUUAGUGGCGCAGUGCUAUAAGUGUUCAUUGCAACAUGGUCGUGCAUGAUAUAUAGCGUUACCUUAUUGUUAACAUUUAAACACAUUUCAUAGCUUUGUGCCAGCGAUCAGCCGAGAAGGAAAGAUGCUACAGGACUUCCAUCUUCGCAGGCGAGCUGCUGUUGGCAAGCGCUGGUGCCCAGCGGCCUCGCACAACACGCCCCGCGUUGCUCGCUAUGCUGUCCGAGCUAAAGCUUCCGCUUCAAUCCCAGCACCGGGCUCUAUGUUACCAGAGUUCAGCACAAGCAGCCCCUCCCAGCCCUGGCAGCUCGCGGUGCUGGGCGACCUGCACCUGCCGCCCCCCCGCAUGCAGCUCUACAGGGAGGCGCAGCAGCAGCUGCGGGGGCUGCUGCUGCAGCAGCAGGAGGGGGAGCAGGGGGGCAGCACAGCGGCAGCAGCAGGCGGUAACGAAGCCGCGGCACCACCCGCAGCAGCAGCAGGUGAUGCGGCAGCCGUGCGACCCGUGGGUCGGCUGGUGCAGCUGGGAGACCUGGGUCACGGCAAGCACGCCUCGGGGUCGCGCAGCUGCUUCGAGUUUGCGAGGCAGUACCUGGAUGGUUUCGGGGUGCCGUACUCGCUCAUCACGGGCAACCACGACCUGGAGGGGGAGGAGUUCGAGAGCGACGAGGAAAACCUGGAGGCGUGGAGCCAGGUGUUCCAGCGGCCCCCCUACUGGUGUGCCCAGCUGGGGGUGGCGCGGGUGGUGGGGCUGAGCACCGUGAGGUACCGCAGCAACAGGAACAGUCACCACGAGGUGUUCAUUCCCCCCGAGCAGCUGUCCUGGCUGGAGGGGCAGCUGCGGGCGCACCCCACCACCCCCUUCAUCAUCACAUCGCAUGCACCGCCCAUGGGGUGCGGGCUCAAGGUCAUCCAGGAGGUGCACAUCAAGAACCGCUGCGCAUGGCUGAACCACUCCGCGCAGCCGCCCGACCCCGACCCACGGGUCUUUCUGUCGCUGGUGUCCCGCCACCCCAACAUAAAGCUCUGGUUCUCCGCGCACUUCCACCUCGCGCACAACUACCACGACUCCAUUUCGGUGGUGGGCAGCACGGCGUUUGUGCAGGUGGGGGUGAUCGGCGAGUGUAACAGAGACGGUUUGCGGCAGUCCCGGCUCCUCCGCGGCGACCCCUCCGGCUACCAGCUGCUCACGCUGGACCACUCCACGGGGGCACUCAGGCUGGACAUGCAGGACAGCUGGGGGCUGUACGACACCGCCUCUUCGCAGUACGACACCGCCUCCUCCUCCGGUCAGCAGUACGGCAGCAGCAGCAGCAGUGCCUCCUCCUCCCCCCACCCGCCGCCCCCCACCCCGCUGCUGCCCCCCGGGGAGGAGCUGCUGUGUGACCCGCAGGCGGGGUGGCUGUGCUCGCAGCAGCUGGAGUGCAGGGUGGGCGAUAACAGCACUGGCUUCAUGACUUGGUACCCGGUGGGUCGUGACACCAUCCUGGCACUGCAGGCGGGCGGGCUGCUGGUGGAAUAUGACCUGUCCACCGCCGCCCCCAUCGGCCUGCUCACCCGUGUGCCGGAGGGGGG